AAGAUUCAUCAGAAACAACCAGCUAGUGUCCUACCAUGUGAAACCCACUAUUUGGUCUGGGAUCAGACAUUGUUUCGUUUCAGCUUUAGAGGGCAAUCGGUGGUGCAUUGGAGAUGUUACCAACAUCAACUUCUGGAUUCACUGGUUAUCCAAACCCUUGGGGGAAGAAUUUGAUAUUCCUAGGCAUCUCCACUCCCGCUUAAAUGCUAAGUAUUAGUUGUGUUAGGAGUUGGUGGUUGAUAUUAGCUAUGUUAGUAUUUGGUAGUUUGUUAUGGUUAUUAGUUUAUAGUUAGGAUUGUAACUAACUUCCUAUGUGUAUAAAAGCUUUACCAAUAGCCAAACCAGUAAGUGGCCGUAAUUCAUUAAAAAUUGUUUUCCAAAUUCAUUUCUUCUUUCUGUGCUUCUGCUCUUCUUCCUUCAUGCUUCCAUUCGAAUUUAUGAUGGUAUCAGAGCAUUUUUAUUGAAGAGCUCUGCUGUGUCACUCUCACAGUUAUCUUUUAACUCUUUUUUGUUUUAUUGUUCUUGUUUUUCUCACAAGAUGAGUGAAGAAUUGGAUCAAUCCCUCAACACACACAGUCCAUACUACAUGCAUCCAAGUGAAAGUCCAACUACAACAUUGGUUUCACCUCAAUUGGAUCCCACAAAUUAUAGUUCUUAGAGCAGAUCAAUGCUCACUGCCUUGAGUGCAAAGAACAAGGUCGAGUUCAUUGAUGGCUCAAUCUCUAAGCCAGCUAUGACUCAUGCUCUAUUUUCAAUGUGGAAAAGAUGUAACAACAUGGUGGUGUCUUGGCUUGUGCAUUCAGUAUCAACAUCAAUUCGACAAAGUAUUCUUUGGAUGGAUAACAUGUGGAUAUAUGGAAGAAUCUAAAGGCAAGAUACUCACAGAUUAUCAUACGGAGGAGAAUUGUUAGAAAAAGCAUGGUUAUCAUCCCAAUUUCUCUUCUAGCAGAGGAGGAAAAGGGGUUAGAGGUUCUGGUAGAGGAAAUUUUGGAGGUAGAAGUAAUAACAAUGGUAAAGUGUGCACACGUUGUGGAAUUAAUAGGUACACCAGUUGAAGAAUGUUAUAGGAAACAUGGAUAUCCACCUGGGCACAAGUUGUACAGGACUCAAAAUGGUUCGAUCAAUAAUGCUAUGAGAGAGGAGUCUAAUGCCUCGGAUUUAAAUGAUAGUCAAGAGACACAGAAUCAAAAUAUCAGAGUCAUGCCACAACAAUAUCAAGUUUUGAUGUCACUGCUUCAACAUCAAUCUAAUAAUGGAGGAUUCACUUCAGGCACGUCACACAUUAAUCAAGUUGGUACUGUUACUAAACCUCACAUAGGUAAAGUUCUUUCAUUUACUUGUAGCAUAAGCAAAGCUGAGCCUAGAGAUUGGAUCUUAGACUCAGGAGCAACUAACCAUGUUGCUUGCUCUUUAAAAUUCUUCUACACACACAAACAAAUUAGUCCUAUAACAGUUCAAUUGCCUACUGGUCAACAAGUGAUAGUCACACAUUCAGGAAUUGUGAAAUUUUUUGACUCUCUAUACCUUGAAAAUGUGUUGUAUUUGCCAAUUUUCAAUUUCAACCUCAUAUCUAUUUCCAAAUUAGUUGCAAAUUUGAGAUGUCAAUUGAUUUUUUCUAGUGAUCAUUGUUUGAUACUGGAUGUGACCAACCAGAGGAUGAUUGGUACAAUUGAGUGUGUGCAGGGACUUUACAGAUUGAUGUUGCCCUCUGCUGAAAGUGUUGUAAUCAACACAAUUAGCCUUAAUGCCAAAUCUGUAUUUUCUUGUAACAAGGUGCCAAUUGACCUAUGCCAUUUUUGUUUAGGCCACCCUUCACAUGAUAGAUUUCAUUUGUUAAAAUAAUGUUAUCCUGUAUUGUCAAAUGAUAAACAAUUUGUUUGUGAUACUUGUCAUAAAUCAAAGCAAAGAAAGUUUCCUUUUCCACAUAGUGAUUCACAUGCUGCUACUCCUUUUUCUCUUAUUCACAAUAGUUGAUGAUCAUACUCGUUUUGUAUGGAUUUUUCCUAUGAAAUCUAAAGCUAAAACACAAACUACUAACAACCAUAACCAACUACCAACUACUAAGAUAGCUAAUAUCAACCACCAACUACUAACACAGCUAAUACUAAGGUUGUCGACUUUAUUCAUAAUGGUGAGUGGUGUAUCCCACUUUCUUUUCUUGAAAGGUGCCCUACCAUUUCUUUGGAAAUCUUAGCCAUGGUAAUUCCGCUAGAUCCUUGUAAUGAUAAGUUGGUCUUGACUCACUCCUCUCGUAUGGAGUUCUUUCUCAUAAAUUGGUAGGGGUGGGAAAUUUUGGAGUUGCUCAGUUAAUUACUUCUUCAAAAUCUUUUUUUGUUGUGGAGACUUCUCCAUAAAAAGCUUCUUAUGGACGAUAAUUUGCACACCAGAGGCUGUAUCAUGGUCUCGAUCUGUAGCCUUUAUGGUGCAACCAUGGAAUCCUCAUAUCACCUCUUUUUUAGUUGCAUUUUCGCUAGACAACUUUGGUCGUCGAUUCUAUCCCCCUUCAUUCAAUAUUUCUCUUGUUGUGACUCUAGUGUUAUCCUUAACUUGCUUUCGAUGACUUGGAUUGCUCAAGUGGCGGAUGUUUUGCCCUCUGUUAUUACUUAUGUUUUAUGGGGUAUCUGGCAUGCAUGCGAAAAAAUUUGUAAGGUUCAAGAACAAAAUGUUUUCCUUUCACUUCAUCGCCAAUUUUGCAUGCAGGUAUUGUCCUCUCCGAAACCAUUUCAAAGGGGGUGAUGCACCCUUCUUUGUCCUAAGAUAGUUCCUUGAAACCUUAGAAAUAGAUGGAAAAUUUGCAUUUCUUUAGGAUGCAUUUUCGCAUUUCACACAUCUUUAAAGAAGGCAAUACAUGUGCAGAUUCUUUAGUUGCCUUCGAUGUGAAUUGUUGGUGGAAUGUCCCUCCUUCAUUUCUUUUUUCUGAUCUAGGUAGCUAGGAAUAGAUCACAUAUACUUUUUUACCGGAUUCGUUGAGGGAUUGGUUUUUUGGUGAUCCCUGCCUUGAG